CCACUACUACGCCAUCUCUUCGUCUCGCGUCUUUCAGUGUGCAAGCACCAUGAAGGAGGAUAAUGCAGACUGGUGCGAUGAAAAUGUUAAGAUAGCUUGUGAAAUAUUUGCUGAGGAAGUAAGAGCAAAGAAUAGAUCAGGUUCUCACUUAAACAAGCUUGGGUACAACAAUGUAAUGGUCAAGUUCAAAGAGAGGACAGGGAAAACUUACAGCAAGCUACAGUUCAAAAAUAAAUGGGACAAGCUGAAAAAAGAUUAUAGUAAUUGGAAACAACUGGGAAAAGAGACAGGAUGUGGUUGGGACCCUAACAAGAAGUUGUAUGUUGCUCCAGAUUGGUGGUGGAAGAAGGCAAACAUACAAUUCAAAGGCAUUAGCAAGUUUAAAGACAAGUCACUUCAAAAUGCAGAAGAAUUGAGUGUCAUGUUUGAAGACCUUCGGAACACCGGUGAUGAUCACUGGGCCCCAACCAGUGGUGAGCUACCCCAAGACAGUGAAGCACAAAUACAAGAUGCCAUCAACAUUGAAGAUGAAAAUGCUAGUGAUUGUGGGGAAGACACACCAUCUAGUUCCACAUCCAAGAGACGUCGUGUGGUUGUGACAGAUAAAGGUAAAAAACCAAAGACUACGGGAGGACAAUGGAUGCAAGACCAGAUGUCUAAACUUGUUGAAUUGAAUAAGCAGACAACAACAUCUUGUGAGUCUAUGGUCCUGGCAAGAACACAAGAGACACCUGGAUCUUCCAUAAAAGAUGUUAUGCAAUUGGUGAAGGCAUGUGGUGCUAUAGCUGGCAGCAAAGAGCACUUCAUUGCAACUCAAGUCUUUACCAAAAAAAGUGAAAGAGAAAUGUUCUUGACUUUGGAUACACCCGAAGAGCGCUUUCAGUGGUUAUCAAUGAAGUAUGAAUGGAUGACAAUGAACAAGAAGGGCUAGUUAGAGCUACUUUGUUAUGCAUUUAUCGUGUCAUUUUUUGUUUUUACCUUACCAAACUUAUCUGUUAUUUCCUCAUUUGUAUUAACUGAUCAGACCAUUGCUAUGGGCUGCUAGUAUUUGUUUAUGAAAAUUAUGGUACUUGAGCUGCUAUUUUAUAAUAUUGGGAAAUUG